GCAGCAUCAGCUCCAUUGGCGAAAGCUUUCACGGCGAAAUUAAAUCCCUGAAGAUAUAUGUAAAUAUUGCAAGGAUUCACAUAGGCCACAAAACACUACCAUAGGUGUUACUGAAUAUGAAUCUAACUCGUGGGAAGUGGACUUAUUUUAGCUUAUCGCUUGCUAACCAGCAAGUUGGGUGUUGACUUCUCUUACAUACCCUCUCAGUCCGGGAUAUUUACGAGGUGUAACAGUGAAAAGGUGCUUAAAAAUCAGUUAGACUAGACCUGGGUGGUACUCACAUUCUUCCAUGGGUUGGUCAAGGUCUGGAAAUAUUAACUGAAUCAGGUGCUAUCGAAUCUUCUGCGAACACUUUCAAGGAGAGGUAUGAUCUCUGUGAGACAUAUAUAGUAAGGAUGAACACAUCUGUCAGUCGCCUACUAUCCAUUAUCACAGAAAAUUGAAGACGCAGUUGAAACCAUCUCGUGUUCGCGGUAUAUUCAAAUCGCUGUUGUGCACGCUUAUUAAUUAUGCCUAAAAAUAAAGGUAAAGGGGGUAAAAAUCGACGUCGAGGGAAGAAUGAGAAUGAAAGUCAAAAGCGUGACCUUAUCUACAAGGAAGCUGGUCAAGAGUACGCAAAAGUUGAGCGUCUGUUGGGAAAUGGACGACUAGAAGCCUAUUGUUUCGAUGGUGUUAAAAGACUGUGUCAUAUUCGUGGGAAGUUACGCAAAAAGGUGUGGAUCAGUAAUGGAGAUAUCAUUUUAAUCGGUUUGCGAGACUAUCAAGACAACAAAGCUGAUGUGAUCAUGAAGUAUCUGAACGAUGAGGCAAGAACACUGAAAUCACUAGGUGAGAUCCCAGAUACUAUAAAAUUGGAAGAGAAUGAUGAUAUUGAAUUCGACGCGAAUGCUGCCAUCUUCGAUGAAGACGAAGAUGGUGAGAAAGGAUCUGAUUCUGAUGAAGAAGAAGAAGACGGCUCAGAUGAUGACAGUGAUGAUUCUGAUGAUAUGGAAGAGGUGAAUCAAAGAUUCCGUGCUGAAGCUAGCAUCACUAAGGAUCAGCGAAAUAAUCGUCGAAGAUAAUUGAUUGAUUGGCUAUAUUGUGGUGUGGUGUGUUGUGGUGCGUUGCUUGUUUAUAAAUAAAACUGGGUUCAAAUUUGACUACAUAUUGUUGUUUCUCUCAGAUAUGGUAAUCGUAUAUAUAUAGAUGAUAUAAUGUAUGCCUCUUAUGUGUUUGCUUCUGUCUGUGUCAUCUUGAAUGUGUGUAUGACAAAUGUCCAUAGAUACAAACACACUCACACAGUCACUUUUAAUGCGUGUAUAUCUAAAUUUCCACAAAUGUUGUCUGUAUUUUGGUACUUAAUCAUCUUCUUUGACACUUAGGCAAAAUACUUGAGU